AUGGCGUCAGUCAGCAAGCAAGAAUAUUUACAGAGAUAUUUAUCUAGUAGUAGUAGUACUGCAGAUAAUAAGCAGCUUAAGAAAAAGAGAAAAAAGAAAAAUGCAGCAAAUACAGUUGCACCAAGCAUGCGCAUCAUAGACGAUGACAUAGACCUGCAGAGCUUAGGGACAGCACCAGCAGAGACGGGUGUGGAACAGGUGGAGGAUGAUGAGGGCCCCGCUGUCGCAGCAUUCAUCGAUGAGAGACCGGAACACGUCUGGAAAACGGAGGCGUAUAGAGAGGACCCUCACUGGAAAAUCAUAGGUGAUAAAACGGAGGGGUCGGCACACCAAGAAUUUAGUUGCGGUGUCUCACCAGAAAGAAGGAAACAUUCUUCUGACAGCGAAGGGUCACCUAUUAGGCAGAGACAUGAUUCUGGAAGUGACCAAUCACCUCACAGGAGACAGAGACAUGAUUCUGGAAGUGACCAAUCACCUCACAGGAGACAGAGACAUGAUUCUGGCAGUGACCAAUCACCUCCCAGGAAACAGAGACAUGAUUCUGGGAGUGACCAAUCACCUCCCAGAAGACAGAGACAUGACUCCGGUAAUGACCAAUCACCUCCCAGGAGACAGAGACACGAUCCUGGUCCUGAUAAACCGCUUCAUAGAACGGCUCGACGUAAUCCUGUUACCAGUGACCAGUUACCUCCUAGGAAGCAUAGACAACAUUCUGACAGUGACCAAUCGCCACCAAGAAGACGACGUGCACAUGGGUCGGACAGUGACCAAUCGCCAGUGAGAAAACGAAAUCGAGCAUCAGAUGACGAUCUUUCUCCGCCUAGAAGGUCCGGUGCUUCUAACGCAGCAUUGUCGUCUUCCGUGAAAAAUUCCACGCGGCUGGAUAAGAUGACCUCGGGUGUGAAAGCAGGCUUGCAAGAUGCGAGAACUCUGAGAGAUGAGAACACAAAAGCUCGGCGAAGAGAGGACAGAGUCUUUGAGAAGAGCAAUCCAGAGGUGCUAGGCAAGAAUGCGGAGACCGUGUUUCGGGAGAGGAGUACGGGAGGUCGAAGAAAUAUGAAGGAAGAACGACGAGAAAAGAAGCGGGAUGAGCAGAAAAAGGCAGAGAUGGAAGAGAAGUACCUUGAAUGGGGAACAGGCGUGAAACAAAAGGAGCAGCAGAAAACGCAGCUGGAGACAGACCUCUACGAGAUGUCGAAGCCGCUCGCUCGUUACCGUGACGACAAAGAUCUGGAUGAGGUGCUGAAGAACCAGGACCGGGAUGGAGACCCGAUGUUGGCUUUCUUGAAAAAGAAGAAGUCGUCGUCGCAAGGAGAAGCCAAGAUUCAACGACCAACAUACAGAGGACCUCUGCCGCCUCCGAACAGGUUUGGUUUGAUGCCUGGAUAUAGGUGGGAUGGCGUCGAUCGCUCACGCGGUUUUGAGAAAGAGCUUUUCAUAAGAAUGUCGAGCAAAAAGGCAGUGGAAUCGGAAGCGUACAAGUGGAGCGUCGAAGACAUGUAAAUGGAACUGCACGGAUGUACGCGACACAUGACACUCGAAGCGUACAUGCUCCACGUGUGUUCGUACAUGCUGGUAUUGUAGAUAUAUACCCUUGUACAGACAGAUAUGCCAUCAUGGGAGUACAGCCAACACACUCAUUGUUAGGGAAAUGACAACUUGCGUAUGCUGGGCCCCCCUGGCAUUGCGCGUGCCUCGGCUGUGUAUGAGGCGCUUGGGUCUGUUACUAGUUCAUUUUUUAUCAGCUAGCCAGUGAUUUCCAGAGUGAGAUCAAGUUGGCAUAAAUCUAAUGUAAUUUGCUGUCGAUUCUCUCUCAUAGAGGGCGCUCUAGGUCAUGUGUUAAUCCAUCAGGUUUUAUUCAUUUUUAUUCCUAUUCGUCGCAGAGUCUUGACUGUAAAAAAGCAAGAAGUUUACUUGCACUCUUAUACACUGCCAACUCGAGUGUGCACAUAAUGAGGAGUGAUUGCUUGUUGCUAUGUGUGAAAGCUGGGUAAUGUGGCUUGGUGUGUCUGGGUAGGGCAAGAACUCAAAUAACUGUGUAAAUCAGCAGUAGUCAUUCAACAGGUUUGCUUGAAAACAAUGAUGCAUUGAUUUAUGUAGAUAUUUGAGUAUUAGACAUGUUAAGAAGAGAGUAGAGCAUAUUAAUUACCCAUUUGCACAUCGUAGAUUAUAGAUCUGAAAGGAAUUAUUGGGUUGCAUGUUUUACAUACUUUACGUAAAUAAAUACAUCUUCACGAGAUAUUUGUACCACAGUGAA